GUAUCUGGGCAUACAUGGUGAAAUUCCCAUGGGAUCAGAGCGGAUGGAGAUGCGCAAGAGGCAGAUGUCGGUGCAGCAGGAGCCGGUGGCGGGAGGCACGGCACCGACCCAGCCGGAGCAGCCUGAGCAGGGCACCCGGGGCUCCAACGCCUGCUGCUUCUGCUGGUGCUGCUGCUGCAGCUGCUCCUGUCUCACUGUUAGGAAUGAAGACAGGGAGGAGAGGAACCGGCGAGACUCCGACACGAAGACAGAGGAGACGGGAGACUGUGAGGAGAGCCUGAAGCCCACGGUGGAGGAGGUCCGCGUGUGGGGCCAGUCCUUUGACAAGCUGAUGCACUGCCCCAGCGGAAGGAGCGCGUUCCGGCAAUUUCUGCGGACAGAGUUCAGCGAAGAGAACAUGCUGUUUUGGCUCGCCUGCGAGGAGUUCUGCAAAGAGGCCAAUAAGGGCAACGUGGAGGAGAGGGCCCGGCUUAUCUACGAGGAUUACAUCUCCAUUCUCUCGCCCAAAGAGGUGAGCCUUGACUCACGAGUUCGAGAUGUGAUCAAUCGCAACAUGCUGGAGCCCAACUUGCACACCUUUGAUGACGCUCAGCUCCAGAUCUACACGCUAAUGCAAAGGGACUCGUAUCCUCGCUUCUUGAACUCUGCCCUCUACAAAGACCUGGUCAAGGCCCUGUCGGAGCAGUCUCCAGAAUCCUAG